CAUUUGUCCGGGAGGAAGGGCAGAAACGGGGCUCCCGCCGGUGAGCGCGUCCCUUGUGAACGGAGAAACGCGAAGCGAAGGAGCAGGCUCCACCGACGCAGGAGCCUGUAAGGAUGCUCGGCGAUAACCGGUGUCCAGUAAGAAGUGUGGAACAACAGAUCAGCACUCUUUUCAUCUCUGUCAGCAUCUGUCCUUUGUUGUGGAGGUUGUGAUGAUUCAGCCGCUGGACUCACCUCACGCGAGAUGCGCGCUUGCUAAAAAGAAACUGCUGUCUUAGGUCUUAGGUUUGGAAGUUACAGCACACAGCAUGGUUUCCUUCGUAUUGCACAGAGGCACAGAAAUUUGCCUGUGUGAAAUAACAUGCACAUCAAAGCUUUAGAGAGGGGCGAGGUCACUAUGCCUGCUGAGAUCAAUGGAAGCUAAGAAUUAAAAUUCUAGGCUUUCAGAAAUCAACAGAGGAUGGAAAAAUCACUAAAGUGAUAGACCAAUUCUGCAAAAUCUCAAAAAUUGACACUCAGAGGAAACUACCUUGUCUGAAGAAAUUACUUAACCUUUUCAGGUCCUCAGUAGCUUCUGGGUGGUCAUAAUCAGGACAAUAACACCAACAGAGAAGGUAAUGCUGCUGGUAAAGUGUAACUAGAGGAGUGAGACAGCAUGUUAUGAGAGAGAAAUGGAGUAAAAACGACAUGAAAAACUGGAAGAAAACUGAAGAAGAGAGGCUGAGAUACAGGAAGAGGUUAAUGACCAGACAGCUUUCUGGAAACCUGCCUUUGUUGCAUUACAGAGAAUCGGCGUGGCGAGUUUUACAAGGAUUGGAUUUGGCUUCCAGUUUUAAAGAGAUCAGGAGAGCGCGGGGCUGAAUGAGAUGUGCUGGUGUCCCCAGCAGCUUUAGCCUCUAAUCUUGUUUGGAAGCUGAUCCAACUCAUCUGGAAAUCCAGCCUUGAGAGCAGUAAGGACUAUGGGCCUUACACCUUUCUCUAUGCAUCCUUACUCUGUCCUGUGGGCUGAAGAACAAUGGCUUCCUUCAGCAAACUGACUAUUGGCGUUGCUGUUGCCAGUUUUACUGUAUUUCAACUCCUGUUCCAUGUUUUAAGUUCUUGGGUGUCAACACGAAUAACGCCUGGCUUUAACAGUCUCAGCCAAAAAAGGAAGAUCGAAUGGAAUUCAAGGACAGUGUCCACAUUCCAUGCCUUGGUGGUUGGUGGCUUUUGCCUAUAUAUUUUGUUGUACGAUGAUGCUGUUAAUGCUGACCAUCUUUGGGGUGACCCUUCAAUUGUGAAACUGAAUAUUGCUAUUACCACAGGCUACCUCAUUUCUGAUUUGUUGCUUAUUAUUUACUACUGGAAGGCAAUUGGUGACAAAUUUUUUGUAAUACAUCACUUGGCAGCUUUGUAUGCUUACUAUUUUGUACUGAGCAAAGGUCUGUUGGCUUAUUUUGGAAACUUCCGUCUGCUUGCAGAGUUCUCCACUCCUUUUGUCAAUCAGCGAUGGUUUUUUGAAGUCCUGGGAUAUCCCAAAUCUUCAAAGGCCAACAUCGUCAAUGGUGUGCUGAUGACAGUUGUGUUCUUCGUGGUGAGGAUUGCCGUCAUGCCUAUAUAUUACAGUCAUGUAAUAUCUUCAUUUGGAACAGAGGCUUUCCAGAGAUUAGGAUUUGCAGCCCAGAGCGCCUGGAUCAUCUCAAGUGUUGUCUUGGAUGUUAUGAAUGUGAUGUGGAUGGUCAAAAUUGCAAAAGGGUGCUACAAAGUCAUUUCUCUUAUUGGACUGGAGGAAGCCAAAACUCAUAGAAAUGGAAAAUCUGACUAGAAAUCAUAAGCAUAAAAUGAAAUUUCUGCUAUGAAAAUAAUUUGGAUUCACUGAAACAGUGCACAUUUCUGCCAUGGAAUGCUCCUCUUAAGGAAACAAAGUAUUACCUCUGUACUGACUUUACUCUUUCCCUAGCCACACUGCCUGCACACCCAGGGCCAUGCUUUAUGGAUCCUGUCUGGUGAGGAAUAAUGGCUUACACAAAUGAGUUCCACGUGUCUGUUCUAAGCAAUUACAAGCUCCUCAAAUUAAAAAGGAGCAGACUGGUUACUUGCUUGUUGUCCACCAGUGUGUUUGAAGUGUUUCACUCAGGUUUCUCAGAUUAAUGUAUUUUAUAAAUCCAGUGAAAACUGAAAUCUCUCUCUUUUUUUUUUUUUUUUUUUUUU